AUGAAGAAAUGUAGGAUAGAGAAAUUAGAAACUUUUGUGUCAUUGAUCAGGCAGAGACCCAUUCAGAUUCUGAUCAUAUUUGGAAUGCUGUAUAUAAUGUUGGUCACGCUGGAAAUCCCCCUUGUGUUCAAAUCCAGGUUUAGUGCUGUGUCUCAUGAUUUCUUGACUAGUCGUCCAGGGCUGGAGAGCGAGGAGGUCUUAGAUAAAAUAAAAGCUCCAACUCGACCUCUUGAAGAAGUUUCGCAAAAUGCUUAUCAACGCACUCACAGACAACUGAAUGAGCACAAGAUUAUAUCUGGCUUGAUCUUCAAUAAUGAGACAUUUCAUUUGUCGGGUAGGGAUGGGUCAUCCGAGCUUUACGAGACAGCAAAGAAUGCUUGGAUUAUGGGGAAGAAGAUUUGGGAAGAGUUGGAAACGUUGAACUCAAGGACCAUCCCUAAAAAGGCCGAGCACCAAUCAGAGUCAUGCCCGCCAUCCAUUUCUCUGUCUGGGUCAGAGUUUCAGGCUCGAGGGCUAGUCAUGGUUCUUCCUUGUGGAUUGACAUUGGGGUCCCACAUAACAGUGGUAGGAAAGCCGCAGGUUAUCAACCCGGGUGUAGCUCCUAGGGUGGCAGCAUCACAGUUUGUCAUGGAGUUGCAAGGGUUGAAGAUUGUGGAUGGCGAGGAUCCCCCAAGAAUUUUGCAUUAUAAUCCCAGAUUGAAGGGGGAUUGGAGUCGGAAGCCUGUAAUUGAGCAAAACACUCGUUACAGAAUGCACUGGGGUUCCGCACAGCGGUGUGAUGGCUGGAAAUCAAAGGCUGAUGAAGAGACCGUUGAUGGACUGGUGAAGUGUGAGAAGUGGAUUCGCGGUGAUGACAGUCAUGCAGUGGAAUCUAAGGCAACAUGGUGGUUGAGCAGACUUAUAGGUCGAACGAGAAAAGUAACAGUUGACUGGCCCUUCCCAUUUUCUGAGGGCAAGCUAUUUGUUCUUACUCUUUGUGCUGGAAUGGAGGGAUUUCAUGUUAAUGUUGAUGGGAGACAUGUGACCUCUUUCCCUUAUCGCACAGGUUUUACUCUUGAGGAUGCCACUGGUCUUUCUUCAGGUGGGGACAUUGAUGUCCAUGCCAUAUUUGCUACCUCUCUUCCUUCAGUUCAUCCUAGUUUUGCUCCGCAGAAGCAUCUGGACUUCUCAAGAAGGUGGCGUGCCCCACCACUUCCCGGUUUCGAUGUAGAACUGUUCAUUGGGGUCCUUUCUGCUGGAAACCAUUUUGCCGAGAGAAUGGCUGUGAGGAAGUCGUGGAUGCAGCACAAUCUCAUCCAAUCUUCUAAAGUUGCGACUCGAUUCUUUGUAGCAGUGCAUUCAAGAAAAGAAGUGAAUGUAGAGUUAAAGAAGGAAGCAGAAUUUUUUGGAGAUAUUGUUAUAGUGCCAUACCUGGACAAUUAUGACCUUGUUGUAUUGAAAACGGUGUCCAUAUGUGAAUAUGGGCUUCGCACAGUUUCUGCAAAGUAUAUCAUGAAGUGUGAUGAUGACACUUUUGUUAAAGUGGAUGCUGUUAUAAAUGAAGCAAGGAAGGUUCCAGGAGAUAAGAGCUUUUACAUUGGUAACAUAAAUCACUUCCACAAACCUCUGCGCCAUGGUAAAUGGGCUGUGACAUACCAGGAGUGGCCAGAAGAGCGAUACCCGCCCUAUGCUAACGGACCAGGUUACAUUCUGUCUUCUGACAUUGCUCACUACAUCGUAUCAGAAUUUGAGAUCCAUAAAUUAAGGUUGUUUAAGAUGGAGGACGUGAGUAUGGGAAUGUGGGUAAAGCAAUUUAACAGCUCAAAACAAGUGAUUUAUGUACAUAGCUUAAAAUUCUGCCAGUUUGGCUGCGUAGAAGGCUAUUACACAGCACAUUACCAAUCUCCAAGGCAACUAGAGUGUUUGUGGGAUAAACUGCAAAUGCAAACAAGGCCUCAGUGCUGCAAUAUGAGAUGAUCAGUAAGUAAGAGCUAUGCUCAUUUUGCGUGACAAGUAGAUAUACAAGACGUGAGACCAUGUGGACAUUGCAACGCAGCAAACUUCUGCAGUUCAGAAAUCUUAGAUGACUGGCAGUCCAGAUGUGCUGGUUCUUACCCACCUCAAAUCCACUUUCUACAGAAAACUCAACAUUGUGGAAAGUUGUUGAAUUUUGAUUUACCAGGGUCAUCACUCCUUUCUUUGUGUAAGAUCCUAAUCCCUGUGGCUUUGAACCCCAUACAAUUAUCUGAUUGAAAAAAUUGUACGGAUGGAUUUAAUACUUUUCAUUUUUUGGCCGAAAC